AAGAUGUAAUAACUUACAUAAUCUUUGUCGCGCCUCAAGUAUUGAUGUUUGCCAUGUGCUCUUUCGUCGGCUUCAUUUGGUUUGCUCCCUUCAUUACAUCACUUUUCCACCUGAUGAAAGAGAUCGAUAUACUUUGCCUCUCACUCAAAGACAUGGACUACUGGUUGAAGGAUAAAAUUGAUUCGAAUUAUGAGUUUCAUCUCAAACAAUACUUCAAGGGAGUAAUUGAACACCAUCAGAAUAUUUGCAGAACUGUGCAAGAACUCAACGAAGCUCUAUCAGUUUUCCUUUUCCUGUUCAACUGUGUUUGUUGCGCACAAAUAUGUGUUUCACUCUACAGUUGCUUUGAGAUGAGCGAUUCCGUAUCUCAAAUGAAGUACAUACUUCUCCUUGGUCCAGUCUUUAGCUGCUUCUAUUUUUUCUGUUGGUCUGGUCAGGAGCUCAUCAAUAAAAACGAUCAGCUAGAAAGAGUGAUCGCCGAUUGCAAUUGGAUGAACAAGCCGAAGUGGUUCAGAAGUUCUCUUCGUAUCAUGAUUCUCAGGUCGAGUAAACCGUUGCAAAUAAAACCUUUCGGAUUGUACACUCUCAAUUUCAACAACAUCAUGAUGGUUUGUCGAGCUGCUUAUUCAUUUUUCAACUUUAUGCACAAAGUUCAAAUGAAAUCCAUAUCUUGAAUAACCAAGGAAAGGGGAAAUUUAUCGACAUUUUUAGGCAAUAUGUAGGGGGCACUCUUCACAAACUCAAAUU